CGCGCUCUCUCGCUUUCUCGCGUGCAGCUACCAACUGGGUAGGCCAAUCAGUUUGUCGCAGAUACUGUCCCGGUGCGGUUAUAGUGUACGGACAAAAUACGGCGCGUUUGUCAGCGUACGAAUUGGACGCGUUACUAAAAAUUAUUCUCUAGCAAAUAGCUCAGUGAUUUUGUUGCAAGAAGUACAACUAUCGAGUUGAAGUGAAUUUAUAAGCGUUUUAUGCGUUCUAUAGUGUACUAGUGAGCUAACGGCAAUAGUGUGUGCUAUAGAAAUAUUAUUGAAAAAGCAAAAUUUAAAGUUCUAACUAAUAUUGUAGUAAGUUGUUUGAGGUUAAUCAAAAAUUUGCAAAAAUCGUGCGGCAACGCACUUCCUCGUCCACAACGUUCGCAACCUGUGACGCGCAACACAGCAGCAGCAGCAGCAGAUCGUUUCUGCUUACACCUCGCAGCUGCCACAUGAAUUUUGAAGCAUUUUCCGCGUAGGAGCAACGCGUCUAAGUGGCAGCGACGCGGCACAGUUUGCCGCUGAUUUUAGGGGUCGCAGCACAUCGCCGGCUACACGAACCCGGAGUGACACACACACACAUACAUAUAUACAGCAGCAGAGUGCAUGAUUGUUGUGUAAUACCAGCAAUUCGCUCGCUCACACACACACACACAUGCGCACACUUCAUUUUAUGCGGCACGAUUUUCAUAGCCGCCGCUAAGAGCACGCAAAACAAUCGUGCAACAGUGAAAACAACAGCAACAAAAAACGAAAAUAAAAUAAAACUGCCCAGUGUAUUUUGAAUAAAAGUGAAAUAUUACGAAAAGAAAGUCGAGUCGAAAAAAAAAACAAAAAAAAACCAAAAAAGAAAACGACAAUAAACGCGAGUUCAAAACAAACACAAUCGAGGCAAGAAUAAAGUGCAACGUUGCAAUCGCAUAUCGCGUCUCGCGUAACCAACCGUGCACCCUGCCCGCCGCCAGCCAACCUGCCACAAUGCAAGUUCAAGUUCGGCGUUCUUGAGCUACUUAAGCUACUAGCUAUCGCGCAUAGUUGCAACGUGCCACAUCUUACGCUGUGGUACGUUCGUUCGUGUGGUCGCUCGGUUGGCCAUUGAUUCUUGUUGUGGUCGCGGCAGCAUGAAAUCGAAAUCGAAAUUGAAAUUGAAAAUGGCAAAUACAAAAACAAACACAAAUCGAAAUCAAAGGCACAGUCGGUGCAACGGCAGCAAUAAAAGUGCACACAAUGCCACUGCUGUUGUUGCCGAUGUUGUUGGCCAAAAGCGCUAUCGUGCUAUAAACAUGUCACGCAACAGUGGCAGCACGUCGUCAGCUCUGCCACAUGGUAGCGCCCGGCAGCGUCAUCGACAUUACAGCGGAGUUCGCGAAGCACACCCAGGAUUAAUCGUUCAUGCAGCACUUUGGCUGGCAUUGUUGUUGGCGCUUGGCGUUGGUGUUGAAGCUCAGUAUCAAUCACCGCGUAUAAUCGAGCAUCCAACAGAUUUGGUUGUGAAAAAGAAUGAACCUGCCACACUGAAUUGCAAAGUCGAAGGCAAACCGGAGCCGACAAUUGAAUGGUUUAAGGAUGGCGAACCGGUCAACACAAAUGAAAAGAAAUCGCAUCGCGUACUCUUCAAGGAUGGUGCGCUCUUCUUCUAUCGCACUAUGAUGAGCAAAAAGGAACAAGACAGCGGCGUCUAUUGGUGUGUGGCCAAGAAUCAUGUCGGCAAGGCGAUUAGUCGGAAGGCCACGCUACAAAUUGCCGUUCUGCGCGAUGAUUUUCGCUCACAACCGAAGGACACACGUGUGGCUAAAGGCGAAACGGCUUUACUGGAAUGUGGUCCACCGAAAGGCACGCCCGAACCGGCGCUAAUAUGGGUGAAGGACGGCGUACCGUUGGAUGAUUUAAAAAUGAAAUCUUAUGGACCCACCUCACGUAUACGCGUCGUCGAUGGCGGCAAUUUAUUGAUCAGCAACGUGGAGCCCAUCGAUGAGGGCAACUACAAGUGCAUCGCGCAGAAUUUGGUCGGCACUCGCGAGUCCAGUUAUGCUAAAUUAAUUGUACAAGUCAAACCGUACUUCAUGAAGGAGCCGCAAGAUCUCACCGCACUCUCCGGCCAAACGGUGCAGUUUCAUUGUCUCGUCGGCGGCGAUCCACCACCGAAAAUACUAUGGAAGAAGGAGGAGGGCAACAUACCGGUGGCACGAGCGCGCAUACAACACGACGACAAAAGUUUGGAAAUCACCAACAUUUCGCCAGCCGAUGAGGGCACCUACGUGUGUGAGGCGCACAAUAGUGUCGGUCAAAUAAGUGCACGCGCCUCGCUGACAGUACACGCGCCACCCACAUUCGUUGUGAAGCCGCAAGACAAAAAGGUCGGUCUCAACGGCGUUGCGCAGUUUCCUUGCGUUGCCGAUGGCAAUCCACCGCCAUCGGUGUUCUGGACAAAAGAGGGCUCCUCCACGCUGAUGUUUCCCAACAAUUCGUACGGCCACAUGCAUGUCUCCGUCGAAGGCACACUGCAAUUAAGUGGCGUGCAAAAGGACGACGCCGGCUACUACGUGUGCUCGGCCUUUAGCGUGGUGGACUCGACGACGAUACGGGCGUUCUUGCAGGUUACCUCUGUGGAUGACACCCCGCCGCCGAUCAUUCAGAUUGGUCCCUCAAAUCAAACGCUACCCAAAGGCAGCGUUGCCAUGUUACCAUGUCGCGCAACAGGCAAUCCAACACCACGUGUCAAGUGGUACAAGGAUGGCACAAUGCUGCAGAAUGGCAAUCGUUAUACAAUAGUGCAGGGUGGCUCAUUGCGUAUCGAUGACUUGCAACAAAGUGACUCCGGCCUGUUCACAUGCACCGCAUCAUCGGAGAGUGGAGAGACCUCAUGGUCGGCAACAUUAACGGUGGAAAAGGGCAGUUCAUCGCUGCUGCACCGCUCGGUGGACCCAAGCGCCUACCCAGCACCGCCCGGCACACCAAAGGUGGUGAACGUCACACAGCACAGCAUCGCGCUGCGUUGGUCGCGCAGCCAAGAUAAGCCGGGAGCGACUAGUCCAAUUAUCGGCUACACGGUGGAGUACUUCAGUUCGGAUCUGCAAACAGGUUGGGUGAUUGCCGCACAUCGUGUGCCUGAUCAGCAAAUAACGAUCUCCGGUUUAAAGCCAGCCACGUCUUACGUCUUUCUCGUCAGAGCUGAGAACUCACAUGGACUGUCAGUGCCCUCCGGUCUCUCGAAUGUCAUUAAAACUUUGGGCACAGAAUCGGGCACAGUGCCGCCAAGUGAAAUAUCUGCUGCCCGCGCAGUGCUGAGUGGCAAGGUUGUCGAAUUAAUUGAUGCCGCAGCAAUUAAUUCCACCGCCGUACGUCUGGACUGGGUAAUGCACGUCAGUGUGACGGAAAAAUAUGUCGAGGGUCUUUAUAUUCGUUAUCGCGAUAUAAGCGCCAAUUCGCAGCAAUAUAAUAUUUUGACUGUGCUGAAUCCCUCGAUCGAAUCGCAUGUCGUCGGCAACUUGAAGGAAUAUACGAAAUAUGAGUUUUUCUUGGCGCCAUUCUAUCAGACGCUGGAGGGUCAACCGAGCAAUUCGAAAAUCGUGCAAACUUACGAAGAUGUGCCCUCUGCUCCGCCGGACAACAUUCAAAUUGGUAUGUACAACCUGACAGCCGGUUGGGUGCGUUGGUCACCGCCGCCGCCGCAGCAUCACAACGGCAACUUGUUGGGCUAUAAAAUCGAGGUCACAGCUGGCACUACACUCAAGGUAUUGGCAAAUAUGACUUUGAAUGCAACAACAACUUCCGUGCUACUCAAUAAUCUAACCACCGGUGCUACAUACAAUGUGAGACUGAAUUCGUACACGAAAGCGGGCGAAGGACCAUACGCAGAACCGGUCUCACUUUUUAUGGAUCCUACACAUUUGGUGCAUCCGCCACGCGCACACCCUAGCGGCUCGCAUAGCGGCAUAGCCGGCAGUCACGGCCAUCCAGCUGGUGCUGGUGUCGACGGUGGUCAUUAUGCUUAUCAUCCAGCUGGCAUGCCGGACGAUGCUGCCACCACCACCACACAUCAUAAAUCAACGAAUGUUGUACAUCAAACUUGGUUUAUGGUUUUGGUGAUAGUCUUUCUGCUAGUCAUAUUCUCGGUCACGGUCGGUGUAAUGGUAUUCUUUAAACGGCGUCACAAGCUCACCAAAGAGCUGGGACAUUUAAGUGUAGUCAGCGCCAACGAAAUCACCGCGCUGAACAUUAACGGCAAGGACAGCCUGUGGAUUGACCGCGGCUGGCGCACCACCGACACCGACAAGGACUCCGGCCUGAGCGAAACGAAACUGCUAUCGAAUGCGAAUAGUCAAUCGAAUUAUACGUCUGACGGUGGCACCGACUAUGCCGAAGUGGACACGCGCAACAUGAGCACCUUCUACAACUGCCGCAAGAGUCCUGAGAAUCCGACACCAUAUGCCACGACCAUGAUUGUGGGCGCCUCCUCUACAGAGACCACCUGCAUGAAGACCUCCUCAUCGAGCACUGACCAGGAUUCGGGCACAAACUCACCACACUCCGACGGCAAUGCACCACAGUGUGUGGGCGCUAAUGCGCCUGGUGUGCCCAUUGUGGGCAGCGGCAAGCACAACUAUCACCCAUAUCCGCCAGAACAAUUUAAUUGGUCAGAGUUCUUGCCACCACCACCGGAGCACCCACCACCGCUGCCAAGCGGCUGCAAUGGUGGCGGCGGCGCUAACACAGGCGGCGUAAUCUACGCGCCCGGCUCACCACAAUCUUCACGCAAAAGCUCCAAGAGCGGCGGCUCCGGCAUGUCAACACAUCAGAGCGCUUUGAACUCUUCCAUACACAGCAGCUCCUCGGGCGGUUUCUCCACGUGGGGUGUGUCACCACAAUGCGUUGCCUCGCGGCCAACGGAGAAUUACUACAACAAUCCUUUGCCCUGUGUGGGCGGCUCACAGAAUCGUUACCAGAUCACACCGACCGCACAACAUCCACCACCGCUGCCACCCUACUUUCCACCCGGUGCUGCGGGCACCGCACAACUACCGCCACGCAACAUACAUAUCCACUACCCGGCGCCAAGGCACGCAAUGAGCGAGUACCAGCCGACAGGCACACACAAUUCGCGCUGCUCCAAUGGACGCGCCUGCAAUAGUUGCGAUGCGCUCGCCUCACCGCUCCAACCGCUACCACCACCCGGUGACGGCUGGUAUCAGCCACUACAGGCGCACAUGCCGCCCAAUGCCGGCGGCGGUGGCGCCAAUCCCAUCUAUCAAUGUUCCUCCGAGUGUUCCGAUCAUUCGCGACACUCUCAUACGCACACACACGCACACAGCCACGCACACGCGCAUCAGCAACAUCACGGCGCACACAUGCACGCGCAUCAGCAUCACGCGCACGCAACAGCGGCCGCGGCGCACGCGGGCAAUGGCAACGACACACUGCGCUCGGAGAGCAGCCAAGAGGGCGGUAAGGGAAAUUAUCGUUGUCAGAAGCAGGUGGGCGGCGGCAGCAGUAACGGCGGCUACGCGGACAUCAACGAGUCGACGGAGCGCGAGCACAUGCUAAAGAGCGUCGGUGGUGGCGGCUGCGGCAAUGGCAAUACAAGCACGCUGGGCGGCAGCUCGUCCUGUGGUUAUGAGGUGCUCGGCGAUCACCGAAAUUGCAGCGACUGCUGCAGCAGUUCUCGCGAAGGCGACACUUGCUCGUGCAGUGAGGGCUCCUGCUUGUACGCGGAGGCGGGCGAGCCGGGCAUGCCGCCGCCAAACAGCGCGCACCUAGGCGGUGGCGGCGACAACCGCGCUGUUAUUGCUGCCGGCAAGCUGGUGACGCAGCAGGGCAAUUGAUAUGCGGCCGGCGUGAGUGAUGUGGUUAUGUACUUUUAGUGGUUACCUACGGUGCAGCUGCCAAUCUAUGAGCAUGCUGUAGGCGUUGGCCGGUGCAACAGUGAAGGUAAUGGCAACAUCGGCGCGGCGCUAAUUUGUGAGUAGUCUAUGUAAGUGGUAUGUAAGUUGAAACUAAGCGAAUUAAGCGUAUGUAGGUGAGAAGUUAAGUAAUUAUGUAUAGUGUAGCCAUAUAAUUAUGCGUGUGUGUGUGUAGGUUAAGCUGGUAUUUUUAACGAGGCGCAACGUUGCUUGUCUCUGUGUGUGCAUACAAAUGGUUGUGUAGUUGUAGGCGCUGCCACAAAGCGCACUACCGCUUACAAUGACAAACGUUGCACGUAACCCUGACAAACACAAAAACAACAACAAACUAACAAGACAAAAAUAAAUGAAAAAUAACAACAAAGAGACUUUAAAGCAGCGCUAGCUGCCGACUGACAGACAAUUACAUGUUUUUCUAACGGCAUUUUCUUACCUUUAC